AUGCUUCAGCGACAAUCGUGGGAGUCUACAGAGGAAGCUAGCAUUUCUGAGUCCACUUCGGACUACAUCCAAAGGCCCGGAGCUACAACGCCCGCCUCUAGCCUAGCCGAUCUUGAAAAUGUUGACACCGAUACUGAUCAUCCUGUCAACGGUGUCAAGCGUGGUCGGCUUUCGGAGAUUGCAAAGGAAACGAAGGAAAGAACUAAACGAAUUUUCAAGGCCAGAGUUGCCGAGGAAGACGGAGGCCUUGCGGAGAGUGUGAAUGUUGAGGAGGGUUUGCAGAAUGAUCCAGCUUUCAGUCAAAGGCUGCUUGCGCAGAAGCGACGUCGCAACGUCAAGAGUGUAGCAGAAGGGACUUUAAGCGCCGUUCAGACGAUAGGCAAGAGUAUCGUGCAUCCAAAGGAUGCAUUAAAGAGUAAAGCCACCAAGUCUACAGCAGCCCAACUUUCAAAGGCUCAACGUCCUUACCUAUCACAAAAAGCAGACCUUGAUUUGUUACAGGCUCAUGAUAACCUGAAAAGGGCUGCAUCAUCAAGCUCAUCGCUGGAAAACACGUCUGACGAAGAAUAUGCAGCUUCUAUUCGAGGGAGCAGAGACCGGGUUCGGCAGAUGGAAGAGCACCGGGAUAGCAUGCGCGCCGCGUGGUCGACGAGUAGGCACGUCCGACGAGUGCGCGUAGUUCCCAAGAGGCACAUCGAUUUUCCGGAGGACCAAUACUUCAAGAUCAUUGAUCAGAGAGGAAUUUACAAAGGGUACAAAUGGCUUGAAUGGCUUGGAUUCAAUCUUCUCUACUACACACAAGAUUUUUGCGCACAAUACAUCGACGAUAUUGAACAACUACCAUUCGAUAUUGAUAGCUCGAGGCAUUAUGUUGAACGGCUGCUCGUGGCAAGCGCGCCGUGGCAGUCAUGGAUUAUGAAUGUCCGUUCCGUCUAUCGCUGGGAAAAUAAAACGACGACGGGAAAUUGGUUCGCUCUUUACUUAGUCCUUUGGUACACGCAGCAUGUUAUGGGCUUCAUCUACGGCUACAUCAUAUACAUUGUCGUUAGAAAUUACUACGCGCCUACAAACGUUGAUGCGAUAAGGGCUACCACUCAACGGGCGUUAGAUAGUAGGAAAAGAGCCAGCAAAAUCGUCGAACUCAUAGACAGGCACGGGGGCCAUGACUGGCUAGAGCCCGUCCUAGAGGAGGUCGGUCCUUAUGCUCAACUGCAACUUAGCGACCUCGCCAAUUUGCUCGAGAUUGCCCGGGAGGACAUGAUUAGGCAGAAAGUUGAGGAAGUUCACAUCAAUGAGGUCAAUGGACAAGUCGAUAAUGAGUACAUUGGCGAUAAUCAUUCGGUACCUCAAAUCACGAUUAACAGCGGUCUAUCUGAUCCACCUGACGACGAGUCCUUUGACGAUGAUUGGCACAGCGUGAAUUCCACAACAAGCAUUCUUGAAGGCAGUGAUAUUCGUUCUUUUCGUGGUCUCUCUGGCGGUUCUUUGGGGCGCCUCAUUGUGUAUUCAAAAGGCAUUCGCUUCGUCAAUAGUAUCGGCCGGGCGGAAUCCUGGCGAAUGUCCUUCCUCGAUUUAAAGGAGCUGAGGAAGAGUGAAGGGACUAGAGCUGCUAAGCUGCUCUCGCUCCCGGAUCGGCUUGAAAUCAAGCGUUUAAACGGCAGCGGGAUACAUGUUGAAGGUAUGAAGAAGCGGGAUGACGCAUUUAACAGUAUCAUUGCGUUCUCCGGGUUGCAGUGGCAGAGUCUACAAAUUCUACGGAGCAAAGAUCAUAAAGUAAGUACACAUUUACAAAGAGAUGACAGUGCAUGGAUGAAAGUAGAGCUCGGAAGUGGGCUAGAGGCAUAA